CGUUGACAGAUAUGAAAAAAAUUCUAUGUUAAUGUUGUUUUAUUAUUCUAAAUUAAAAGCCAGUAAUUGAUAAUUACGAUUAUUGGUUCAGAACGAACCUUCUUUCUGAGCCAGAAAGUUUAGUUCGCCUUGUUCUGUCUGUGUUUCUUCCUCUUCCCCUGAAAUCGAACGAUUUAUAAAAUCGUCGUCUGGCUUUCGACGAUCUGCUGACGAAGACCAUGGCGCCGAUUUUCAGAUCCACUUCCCUUAUCGCUUUUUCUCUCUUCUUCUUCUUCUUUGCUUCCACUCUUCCGAUCUCAUCUGGGUCUGAGGAUAGUUACACGAUCACGGGUAGAGUGAGGGUUCCAGCAAGCACCGUGAUUGGUCAUGCAGCUAAAUUCUCAAAUAUCAAAGUUAUACUCAACGGUGGACAGCAUGUUACUUUCCUCAGGCCGGAUGGAUACUUUACCUUCCACAAAGUGCCAGCGGGGACUCAUCUGAUUGAAGUUUAUGCACUGGGCUACUUCUUCUCCCCAGUGCGAGUUGAUGUUAGUGCUCGGCAUCGUGGCAAGGUUCAAGCAACACUUACAGAAACCAGAAGGAGUCUUACUGAGCUGGUUUUGGAGCCAUUGCGGGCAGAGCAAUACUACGAGAUGCGAGAACCUUUCUCUGUAAUGUCAAUUGUGAAAAGUCCAAUGGGUCUUAUGGUGGGAUUCAUGGUCGUUGUCGUGUUCUUAAUGCCUAAGUUGAUGGAAAACAUAGAUCCCGAGGAAAUGAAGAGCGCACAAGAGCAGAUGAGAAGCCAAGGAGUGCCUUCACUCACUAGCUUGUUACCCGCUAGCCGCUAAGCGUUAACCAACAGUCCAAGACUCAGGGGUUUUCACUUGUACCAGUUAAAAAAUAUUCCAGGAUAGACUUGGAAGAAAUCAGCGUCAAGCAAAUUCCCCAAGCGAUCUAACAUUGGUUUAUGCAAAUGUUGGUUAGUGUAGAGAACUGUUAUAGUGCAGAGACCUUUCAGACUGACCUAAAGAGAGAUUUUAUAUUUUGAUUUUAUUGAUGGUGAAUGUUUUGCUCUUUUUGGUAUGGAAUGUUAUGAAUCCUUUAAGAAAGAUACACGAAUUCUACUAUUCAUUUCAGAAAUAAAUUUACAAAAUCAAAUUUCAAUGCA